UGAAGAAGAAUCCUGGAAGGCAGCCCUGCACCUGUGCAGAAAUGUAUCCAGCACCAGGCCUCACGCAGACUCUGCUUGGCUCUUUCCAUCCCGCCAUAGAGAUGCAUUAUUUACUACUCUACUGCAGAUUAAUUUUGUGUAGUGUUGUGGUUGUACACUGGGAUAGCCUGUGUCUUGGAUGUGGAGGAGCUGUUGUGCGGUGAAGGACAGGUAAAAUCUUACCUGUCUCUCGAUCUCAUGAUCCAUCCUGCUCAUGACCAGCAACCACUCGAGGCUUCUUAGUGGGCUGCUGUAGGCGAGCAGACGGCAUGCUCUUCAUACCCCAUCGUAAGCGGAGGUGUAUCAUUUGCCCCACCAGCUAAUACAUCACCGAAAGCAGUACUAGUUCGCAGGCGAGGGAAUCAAAGUGUACCGUUCCUAGAGUCUGUCGUGGUUGCACUAUCUUGUUGGUCGGUGGAUUUAAUGGUGGCGCAAUUACACAAACGGCUAUGAGCAUGGCCUAGCGGCAGUCAACUAUCUUUUUCGUUACUAUCAACCGAUCGCCGUGCAUUCCCUACAACGUCCUUCACAGAGGAGCUGGACCUGUGCAAGGGAGUGCUACUGCGACACGUCAUGUUUUCAUCGUCCUUGUCGGGCACUUUACUCAUGCAAUCAGGAUUGGUUCAGAAUCUAGCACCUGCUCUUUUGCGCUUUUCAAGGAGUUUGCCUUGUAUCACAGAUUCUCAUAAGUUUCGACGGUUUCGGAGUCGGAGUGAGAGAGUAGGACAUAUCUACUACUGUUUACCGAAUCAUUGGUCAGCGGGAUGCUUCGUUUUCACUGUAUCAAAUCUCGUCAAGUGCAGAAGUUGUGAAGGUCGUUGUUGGUUUCCGUUGUUAUUGUUCAAACUGGUAUGAUGCGUGGUGUUGGAGUAGGUUGAAGGACGGUGGGGAGUUCAACUUCCAGUUUAUCCAAAUCAAUUUUUACAAACCGGCACUCUCUCAAGUGGAGAAUUUGGUCGAAAAUGGUAUCAGUGCAGCUAUGUUCUUAGCGUAUUUCAACGAGAUAGAGAUGUGGUAGCACUACAUUCGAGUAAGGGGAGAGUCUACAGGCGGGAGCGAAGUAGGGUAAAAUGGAAAAUUGGUGAUGUCUGUCUCUAAUUUAACGUAGAUACUCCGUUCUGUUGUACUUUUCCGUUGUUACACAAACUGAACCCUGCUAAAUUACAAGUGAAUUAAAAUGAAGUCAUAAAAUGACAGGAGUUAACUUAGAUCACAACAUCCAGCAAGUGGUGAACAUUGGAGAGGUGGGGAGACGUUGUACUCUGAUAGGCUUGUGACAAUAUGCAUAGAACAAACUGGUAGAGUUAAAGGAUAUUGUGAGCGAAACAAUCGCACAGUGAAACCCGACAGCAGUUAACUUAAGAUGGAGGAUUCGCUGGGAGAGGAGCAGCGAAUGGCGCAAGCAAUGCAGGAAAUAGAGAAGCUAGUCCAAGAAAAUGCUGUAGUGGUGUUCAGCCAGAGCAGGUGCUGCAUGUGUCAUGUGGUGAAGCGGCUCUUCUGCAACUUAGGAGUGGGGCCUACAGUGCACGAGCUCGAUGAGCGUAAGGAAGGUGUUGACAUGGAGAAAGCAUUACUGCGCCUCAACAACACAGUUGUGCUUCCCACCGUGUUUGUGGGGGGGAAACUUGUAGGGGGAGUCGAUGCUGUCAUGGCUGCCCAUGUGAGCGGCAACCUCGUUCCCCGCUUGAAGGAAGCUGGAGCCCUGUGGUUGUAGCUUCUCGCUCUAUUUUUUGCUCAUUUAGAUUGAACGUGGGGUUGAAGGUGGAGCUGCUUGGCCCUCGCCUCAGCAUCUUGAAGUUAUUGACGAGACAGUGAGAUGUCAUCAAAAGCUUUUCCCGAGUCCAGCUGCUCGUAUAGUACCGAAUUUGUCGACGUAUUCUGGAAUAUCUGGUCUCAUGUUUUUAGACGAUCAUUUCAAAGCUACCGCCAGUUUUAGUGAUCGCCAGCUACAUAUUUAUAGAUCGUACAACUCAUGUCAAACAGUUCGAAUACAAGUUCGGAGCCUGGUUCUCCCCUUGCAUUGAGGAUACAGAUCAGCACAGACAGAUGGUUAGAAUAGCCUGUGCACUAGUGUGGUGUAAACAAGAGUAUGCAGAGCAUUUUGUUUCUGCACGCUUAUCGCCAGUAUUGGAUUGAGCACAAUCGAUUGCACAAAUAUAAAUGAGUUUGUGUUGGGAGUCAAAUUGGUAAGCGUGGUUUCUGUGGAUUUCACUCUCGUCAUCAUGGAUGACAUGUUUCAUGAGGGGAUUGAAUAGAAAUGUGAAUCGUCGAGUAUUCUAGCAACGUGAA